AUGCAAUUCUCAGAGUACUCUUCCUCGAGCCAACUCCAAUCUCAUAACGAAUUCCAUCGCCCAAGUCGAUCACAUAUCUCUGCUCAAAAGCGAAGACCAUUGCGACUGGAUGUCAAUCGUGGGAUAUCAGUGUGCGACUGCCGCAAUGCUUCCGGCGCUCCGUACGAAAUGAUGAGCGCAGGCGUGAGACGCUGGAACAGGCGACGCAUGCAGACAGGCGUCCGUCAGCAGAACUUUCUGUGCAUUCGGUGCGACCCGAAAGGCUUUGUACGCAAGCCCAACAAGUUGGUCACGCACAUCUACACAUUUCUCGACGCCGUAAGGGCUGUACUGGACCAUCCGAACAGUUGGAUGGCGGUUCAUGUCAAUGUGAUGGAGCUGGAAGAGCAUGAAAGGAAGCGAGCAAGAGGAAGUCUCGACCAGAGAGCACGGAAGUCAUACAGCAAGGUAGAGAUGAAGAUACGGUCAUUGAGGGCUUGUAAUACCAACAAUCAGACUGCGACAGUCCUUGACUGGAACCUUCUGCAGUCCUCUCCGCCUUCUGUAUCUUGUUCCGAGAUAUCAUCAGCCAGCGACCCACGAAGCGACAUGCUACCGCCUAGCAGAGGCUCCACCAGAGACUUCGGCAGAGGCGUCGCAGAGCCAGUAGCAUCCCUCCUUUCAUCAUCAAUUGCUCCAAGCGCCGUUCCCGUGUAUGCCGUUCCGAGAUUUCAUCAGCCAGCGACCCAUGAAGCGACAUGCUAUCGCCUAGGAGAGGCCCCAGCAGACACUCCAGGAGAGGCGUCGCACAGCAUCCCACCUUUCAUCAUCAACCAAGCGCCGUUCCCGUUUUUGCUUUUUCAAGAUGCUAUCAGCCAGCGACCCUUGGGGCGCCAUGAGACCCCAGCAGAAAGGCGCCGCAGAUUCAACAGCAUCCCGCCUUUCAUCCCCAAUUUCUCCCAGUGCCGUCUCCGUGUAUAUGCGCAUCUUCUUCGCGCCUUCAUCCGGCUGAUCAAUGUUGGCAAGAUCGGCACUCCGCUUUCAGCCAGCCGCUUAAUUUCCGUAACACAGCCAUAUCGAAAACCUUUCCGACACAUCACACCUCUUACCACCGGCAUGCUGGAGAGUAGUAACGAACUCACUCAUCAGUUGGGUGAUGUGACUUCGUCCCCGAACAUCGUUCCCUCGAGAUUUUUCAUCUCCGUCAACAAGAUCAAUGUCACCCCCAGCACGAUUAUGCCGUCAACUUGCGCGCUUUCGUGUGCCGACUCUGCCGCACAAGGUCUGGCGGUAGCAUCUAGACGUAGCCACGACUUGGCGCUUCGCUAUUCCCGCCCGCCGAAAGGAUCACAUCGCAGACUUCCGAAUGUGCGACGGUAUCGUGAUCGUUCAGCGACGCCGAAACACCUCCUCGAGAUCAAUCAAGGCGCAAACAGAAGGCAGGUGCGUAAAGACUUGACCAAGCUCUCCGGGUUUGCGUUCAGAGUCGAAGAGUUAAGAGACGGGAGUCGGGCAGAGGCUCUGAUUAUGGAUAUAGACAAGCGACAGAUGCGCGAGGCUAUGCGCGCUUCGCUGUGUUACGCUCAUCGGUCGUGGAGCAUCCUGUCACUCGAAACUGGCGCAGUCCUUCAGUCAAUUAAACUAUUUCAUGGAGCGCUUGUUGGGCUUGUCUGGAUUUCCAUUUCUUGGAAGAAGGUCCCACUGCCCGUCCUCUCGCUUGAGUUUUCCCCUCGCAUGAUAUGA